GCCUUCGGCUGCGCGGCCCUCAGCCUGGUGGCCCACCGCGGGGGCUUCGAGGGCGCCCAGGGCACCUUCUGCAUGGCCGCCUGGGGCUUCUGCUUGGCGCUCUCGGGCCUGGUGGUGGCCUGCGAGUUCACGCGGCUGCACAGCUGCCUGCACCUGUCCUGGGGCAACUUCACCGCGGCCUUCGCCACGCUGGCCACGCUGCUGUCCGCCACGGCCGCCGUCCUCUACCCGCUCUACUUCACGCGGCUGCAGUGCCCGCCCCCGCCCGCCGGCUGCCUGGCCAGGGACUUCCGCCUGGCCGCCAGCGUCUUCGCCGGGCUCCUCUUCCUGGCCUACGCCGCGGAGGUGGCCCUGACCCGGGCCCGGCCCGGCCAGGUGGCCAGCUACAUGGCCACCACGUCGGGGCUCCUCAAGAUCGUCCAGGCCUUCGUGGCCUGCAUCAUCUUCGGGGCGCUGGCGCACGACAGCCGCUACGGGCGCCACGCGGCCACCCAGUGGUGCGUGGCCGUCUACAGCCUGUGCUUCCUGGCCACGGUGGCCGUGGUGGCCCUGAGCGUGCUGGGCCACACGGGCGGCGUGGGCUGCCCCUUCGAGCGGCUGGUGGCGGUGUACACCUUCCUGGCCGUGCUGCUCUACCUCAGCGCCGCCGUCACCUGGCCGGUCUUCUGCUUCGACCCCAAGUACGGCCAGCCCCAGCGGCCCCCCGACUGCCGCGGCGGGGACUGCCCCUGGGACAGCCAGCUGGUGGUGGCCAUCUUCACCUACGUCAACCUGCUGCUCUACGUGGCCGACCUCGCCUGCUCGCAGAGGAUCCGCUUCGUGCCGGCCCUGUAGCCCGCGGGCAGUGCGGCCGCCUGGCCCCCAGCAGGAGUCGGGGCCUCCGGAGUCCGAGCGAGCGGCCAGCGCUCUGCGGGGCACCGUGCGAGGGGACGCUGAGGCCAGGGGUCCGCAGGCCGCACCCGGGCCGCUGGCGAAGGGACAGU